CAUAAGAAACCUACCUUUGAAAAAUGAAGAGGAUUUCAUUCACAAUAAUAUGGGCAAUUAUUCUUUUAUUAUUCAUCUCAGUUUCCGGUGGCGGAGCAAAAAAAAAGUUAGCAGGUGCAAUGGAAUCACAACCACCUACAAAUAUUUCACUUGGCCCGUACGAUUGUGAAACAAUUGCAGACUGCAAAAAAUUUUGUGAAAAUUUUCCAGGGUCGCUUCCAAUAUGUGUGAAACAUAUUUGCGGCUGUGUCGGACUAUCAAGUAACGGAGUUGCCAAAAAAACACUCACACACUGAUAGCUUUGUACAACUUAUUAGAUCGAUAAAUGAUUAAAUGGA